CCCGCCUUCCUUCCUUUCCGCCAUUGGAGGCGCCAUAUAUAUCUUGUAUCUUGUCAGAAAGCCACCGACCACCUACCCACCAAAUUCCUCUUUAGAGAGAUGGCAUCCGGCGGGGCGAAUGGGGAAUUCAGCUUCUCGUCAUCGACGACGGCGGCAGCAAACCGCGCCGGUUCCGGGCGCAACGGGCUUCCGAAGAUCCAGACGCAAGACAGCGCGAAGAAGCUGAGCGACGCGGCGGCCAGGGGAGCAGCGGCGGGAGCAGAGGAUCUGUGCUACGACGACAGCGCGACCCCGGUGAAAGCGCAGACGCUGGACGAGCUCCACUCGCUUCAGAAGAAGAGAUCCACCCCGUCCACUCCCAUCACCGCCCCUGCCGCCGCUGGCAACCAGGGCGCCUUCUUCACCGCCAUGUCGGAGGAGGAGCGGCAGCGGCAGCAGCUCCAGUCCAUCAGUGCGUCGCUGGCGUCGCUGACCCGGGAGACGGGGCCGAAGGUGGUGAAGGGGGAUCCGGCGAGGAGGAGCACGGCGCCGAAGGUGGGACACGUGGAGCACUACGCGCCGUCGAUCAGCGUGACGGAUAGCUCCCUGAAAUUCACCCACGUCCUCUACAAUCUCUCCCCUGCCGAGCUGUACGAGCAAGCGAUAAAGUACGAGAAGGGUUCGUUCAUAACGUCGACGGGAGCACUGGCGACGCUGUCCGGUGCGAAGACGGGGAGGUCGCCGAGGGACAAGCGCGUCGUGAGGGACGAUACGACGGAGGGUGAUCUUUGGUGGGGAAAGGGUUCGCCGAACAUCGAGAUGGAUGAGCAUACGUUCAUGGUGAACAGGGAGAGAGCUGUGGAUUACUUGAACUCUCUGGACAAGGUGUUUGUGAACGAUCAAUUCCUCAACUGGGAUCCAGAACACAGGAUCAAAGUCAGAAUCGUUUCUGCCAGAGCUUACCAUUCCCUCUUCAUGCACAACAUGUGCAUUCGGGCCACUCCUGAGGAGCUGGAGAACUUUGGAACUCCGGACUUCACCAUAUACAACGCGGGCCAGUUCCCCUGCAACCGUUACACUCACUACAUGACCUCUUCCACCAGCAUAGACUUGAACUUGGGGAGGAGGGAGAUGGUGAUUUUGGGCACCCAAUAUGCCGGGGAGAUGAAGAAAGGGCUCUUCGGCGUCAUGCACUAUCUCAUGCCCUUGCGUGGGAUCCUGUCCCUUCACUCUGGCUGCAACAUGGGCAAAGAUGGAGAUGUUGCCCUCUUCUUCGGCUUAUCAGGGACUGGAAAGACUACCCUUUCGACGGAUCAUAACAGGUACUUGAUUGGAGAUGAUGAGCAUUGCUGGAGUGAUAAUGGCGUGUCCAACAUCGAGGGUGGUUGCUAUGCUAAAUGCAUUGAUCUUUCUGCGGAGAAGGAGCCUGAUAUCUUCAAUGCCAUCAAAUUCGGAACAGUGUUGGAGAAUGUGGUGUUCGACGAGCAUACAAGACAAGUGGACUACUCAGACAAAUCAGUCACAGAGAACACAAGGGCAGCUUACCCUAUCGAGUACAUCCCUAACGCCAAGUUGCCUUGCGUUGGACCUCAUCCGAAGAACGUAAUCCUUCUGGCUUGCGAUGCAUUCGGUGUGCUCCCACCUGUGAGCAGGCUCAACCUCGCUCAGACCAUGUACCAUUUCAUCAGUGGCUACACUGCUCUGGUGGCAGGGACAGAAGAUGGAAUCAAGGAGCCACAGGCCACCUUUUCAGCCUGCUUUGGAGCAGCCUUCAUAAUGAUGCAUCCGACUAGGUAUGCAGCAAUGCUGGCUGAGAAGAUGCAGAAGCAUGGAGCUACCGGGUGGCUCGUUAACACCGGCUGGUCUGGUGGAAGCUAUGGAUCUGGGAGCCGUAUCAAGCUGAGCUACACUAGGAAGAUUAUCAAUGCAAUUCACUCUGGUGAACUUCUGGAGGCAAAUUAUACCAAGACCGAGAUCUUCGGGCUUGAGAUCCCAUCUUCGAUCGAGGGUGUUCCUUCUGAAAUCCUUCAACCCGCCAACACUUGGUCGGACAAGAAGGCUUACAAUGAGACGCUGCUGAAGUUGGGAGGCCUGUUUAAGAAGAACUUCGAGGUGUUUGCUAAUCAUAAGAUAGGGAAGGAUGGGAAGCUCACUGAGCAGAUUCUUGCUGCUGGUCCUGUAUUCUGAUCGAAUCAGGUUUCCGAGAAGAAGGAAAUAACGAGGACGGACGAGAGUAUGAGUUGGAGUUCCGAGUUGAUAUGGAUGUGUUUAUUGUGAAACAUUGUUUCAAUAUUUAUUUACCGAGUAUUUGUUAUGAACAAGCUUAUUACAUGGUGAUUCUCGAGUCUUCCCUCCCCUGUAUGGUUCUUUUUCCCCUGUGACUGUAAUUCAUUCAUUAGUAAGUAAACGAGGAACACCCUUAAUAAAUAAUAAGAAUUAAAUUUCUUGUUCGGUAAGGAGUUCUUCAAUCAAUAUAAGAUGUACAAGCUGAUCAUUGAUCACUUGAUAGUUGUCACAAACAGAAAA